CCAGUCUUGUGAUUCCAAUCCUUAAUUAAACCACCGCUACUUUGAUGGUGGCACCACAUCCACAAGCAUGGUUCUUAGUUCCUCCAGAUAUUGAAGCAAUGUAUAAAAAGCUAUUGAGACCUAGUUAUCAUUUAAUAUUAGACAAAAUGAUUACACUAGCCAUGAUUCAAAAUAGAGCCAAAGUUUUGAUGCAAGUUCUAAAAGGGCUUUGAGCCUCUUAUAUGCAAGAGAUUGCCAUCUCCUUGAAACAAAGGAAAGAUGAACAAGUUUUGCUGUCUCUUGCUCUCCUCACUCUCCCUCUUCUCCACCAUGGUCUUCUCUUGGCAAGACCGAAAGCCCUACCAACCUGACUACUUAGAAGGCUCCUCCCAGCUGGUGAACCUUGCAUACCACAUGGGCCCCGUGCUCUCCUCCUCCCCCACCAACCUCUACACCAUUUGGUAUGGCCGUUGGGAUCCAACACAAGAAGCCAUCAUCAAAGACUUCCUCCUCUCCCUCUCCUCCCCUUCUCCUUCGCCUUCCGUCGCCGACUGGUGGCGCACCGUCCGCCUCUAUACCGACCAAACUGGAUCCAACAUAACCGGCACCUUCGUGCUCGCCGGGGAGCACCGGGACUCCGAGUACUCGCACGGCACGACGCUCUCCCGGUUGGCUAUCCAAUCCGUCAUCAAGUCCGCGGUCGCUGCAUAUCCUCAGCCAUUGCCACUGGACGCCUACAAUGGUCUGUACUUGGUACUGACGUCGCCGGACGUCCGAGUGGAGGACUUUUGCAGGGAAGUGUGUGGCUUCCACUACUUCACCUUUCCGGCGAUCGUCGGAGUGACGGUCCCGUACGCAUGGGUUGGCCACAGUGGGUCUCAGUGUCCUGGAAUGUGUGCGUACCCUUUCGCAUCGCCGGAUUACGUCGGAGGAGCGGGGAACAACGCCAGCGGCCGCAGCAUGGAAGUGUUCAGAGCACCGAACGGUGACGUCGGGGCCGAUGGCAUGGUGAGCGUGAUCGGGCAUGAGCUGGCAGAGAUGUCGAGCAACCCGCUGAUCAAUGCAUGGUACGCCGGCGGUGAUCCGACCGCCCCAACGGAGAUCGCCGACCUGUGCAUCGGGGUUUAUGGGACAGGAGGUGGUGGGGGGUACGUGGGGAGUGUGUAUAAGAGUUCGGAGGGGGAGGGCUACAACUUGAAUGGUGUGAAGGGGAGGAGGUUCUUAGUCCAGUGGGUGUGGGAUCCUGUUAGGAAGAGUUGCUUUGGGCCUAAUGCAAUCCACUGAGGAGUUUAUUUUGGGUGGUUUCUUAUCUUGAUCCAGCUUCGGGGAUGGAGAAGGACAGCUGUUUUCGUUUUUAUUCCUUGUUCUUUCUAUAGUAUUAAUUUGAGAGAAUUUUGUGUAUUUGGUUUGUGUCUUUCAGUAAUUUGAGCAAUUUCGGAGACCUCCACGGAUUGUGUCUGGUUAUAUUUCCCAGAAAAUAUGAUGUAUUUACGAUAAAUCAUUAAU